AUGCAAGAAACCCGGAGGAAAAAAACUGCAGCGGAGCUACAAAUAAUAAAUUAUUGGGGGUCUGUUGUGAAUCACAGGACCAUGGAAACCGAGCGUUUCCCCGUUAUUGAUUUAAUCAAUGCGACCCGCAGACAUAAACACCCGAAACCUAAAAUGAACAAAUUGGGAAAGCUGUGGGUGCUGGUGAUGUUCUUUAAGUGCGAAGAGAUCUGCGGAAAAUACGUGGAGGGCGAACUGAAGACGAACGACAAUUGGGCAUUUUUGACGAGGUUCUGUUUCUUGUCGUUGGACGGAGAGUUUGAGUACAUGAUUGAGUUCAACGAGGAGUAUGGGUACCCAAAUUUGCUGCUGUACUACGAUACCAAAGACCAGUGGCCUUCCGUCUACAAGACAAAUAAGACGUGCUACGAGAAGGAGGGGGUGUUAAACAUAGAGCAAAAUCAAAUUAUAAAUUUAACCCUUUCCGGCGGCGAGGGUGGAUGCCGGUUGACGAAGUAUGCGAUAGCGACGACCACGACGAGUACUACGCCAACUGCAAGGGCGACUAUUCGGCUAAGAACGACGACGACAACAGUUGGGACAACAACCUCAACUGUUGAGGCAACAACCUCAGUUGAGGCAACAACCUCAUCUGUUGAGGCAACAGCAGCAACCGUCUCGAGCACUACAGGUACAUUCGUCUACAAUUCGUCAGAUCCCCCCACAACUUACAAGGCCCCCAUUCGAAAACGGCAUGCCUCCUACCAGCUCAACCAGAGAGAGUCGCGAAUGCUCCUCUGCCAGAACGCUCGCAGAUUCGAUACGGCUCGCGAACGGUGGUGGUUCGUGGCAAUUAGCAACUGCAACAGUAGCAAGGGCAUUCGCAUCAGGUACCGAAUCCUGAUGACCAACGGCAAUCCUGGAGACUACUUUCACGAGCACUUCUCCGCCGACCAAUUCUACAUUCUGCCAAUUCUGAUAACGUUCUGCAUCUCGUACUCCCUACUGAUAUUGGCGAUUCUGAUAUGUACGGUCGAGUUGAAAUCGAGACAGCUGCUGCACACGACCUAUAAGCUCUUUGUAAUGUCGGUGAUUGUGCAAUUCUUCGGCAUUGUCCUGCAGACGGCUGCGUACCUCAAGUUCGCGAUGAAUGGGGUGGGAGCACCGACUGCUAACACUUUCGGUAGCAUGUUUAUGGGCGGCUCGGAAACGUGCUUCUUACUGUUACUCCUGCUACUGGCGAAGGGCUACACCGUGACGAGGGGACGUCUACCCUUGGGAGCCAGCGUCAAAUUGACAAUCUUCAUGUGCCUCUACUCGGUGACCUACAUUUGCAUUUUCAUAUACGAAGCGCAGGUUUUCGACCCGGGCGAGGUGCUCUACCUGUACGAGUCGCCCGCAGGCUACGCCCUGAUCGUGCUAAGGGUGAUCGCAUGGCUGAUGUUCGUGUAUUCAACGGUGUUUACCCUCAAGCACUAUCCAGAGAAGUCAAUGUUUUACUACCCAUUCAACAUCUGCGGCACCCUGUGGUUCAUCGCCGGUCCCGCGUUCAUUGUGUCCGCGAACGCCUUCAUAGACAAAUGGGUGAGGGAGUCGGUGGUCUGCGGCGUGCUUCUGCUGAUCACCUUCGCGGGACACCUGAUGUUCCUGAUGCUCACCAUGCCCUCGAUGGCCAACAAGAACUUCCCCUACCACGUGCGCACCACCCAGAUCGGCAUUAUGGAGGUGACGGGCAUGGCGGGCGUCAGCACGAUCGAGCGUUUCGGCCAUCACGUCUACGAACCGACGUCCGACGUCAGCGAGGAUAGGGUCAUCAUCCCGCUGUCGCGACGCACCGAGGAGAUCUUCGGCGGAAUUUACCGGCAGCAGAGCCAGUUCGUUUCCAACGCCCAAAACGGUCGAGAACUGCCCGAGGAGGUGUUGAUAUCGAACAGUUUGAUGCUGCAGAACGUGCUCAGUUGGUCCUUGGCCAAAAACUCCUCGGCCUUCGACGUGAACCGCAAAAACAGCAGACGUUCUCUAGAGUCCACCCAGUCUCAAGAGACCCCUCGAUCGACAAGCAGCUCUCAUGUGGAAGUUGUCGAGAAUGGAGUACAUUCGCAUAACAGCUACGAGUAUGUAAAGGACGUUCCCGUGGAACUAUUCACCAUAAGCAAACCGGCAACUGAUCCAAUUAAGAACGCGAUUACAAACCAAUGACCAUGUGGCGAUGGCCUUGAGCAACUGUACCGCACAAUUUGCCAAAAUACUGUCAAAUAUUUAUGGGGUUGAAGUCGUGAAAGAAUGGCUUGGAGUGGUUGCACCUCUUUAACCAAGAGAUUCUUUCAUUCAAUCGUGUUGUUUGUUCAAGUUUACAUAUUAAAAGAAAUUGGUUGCGUUUUUUUAGCAUAUUGCAACACCCUGUACACAGUUUGUCACCUGCACAAUGAAAGACUACUAUAUCGUGCCGUCGAGCCUCACUUUAAACAAACAAACCUGCGACAAAUAUCUGUUUACAAAAUUGAUUAACUUCUUAGCGAUAAGCUCUUAUCCACGACCAGAGACAAACAUGAGAUAAACUUUUUUUUAAUUACGCCAGUAAUUUCAAGAUGUCUUUACAAUUAACAAUAUAAACAAAUUAAAAUGCAGCUAUAAACAACAAAAUUAAACAUCGUCCAACACUACGUUAAUUUACACACACAACUGAUAUCAAUAGAGUGUCAAGGAUACUAAGAUAGUAUCAAGUAAGCUUCAGAGAUUUUACAACAAUUUUCAGGGACAUCUAGAAAGUGUGAAAGGAACGCCAACAAGAAGUUGUCGGUAAUUUGAAGAAUCCGAAAACUGUUUCAAGAAGCUUUCAAGUGCAGUUCAAGAGCUUCAACACAGUUUACUUUAGAGAAACUUCUAAGUUAGUUUAAAGAGAUGUUGAAGAAAGUUUUGGAUUAAUUUCAUGACCAUUUCAAGAGAAU